GUAUUAAAGAAUAUAACUUUUCUUUUACGAAAAAAAUCACACUUUUGAAAAAAAAAAGUAAAUGCUAAAUCUCUUAAAUAUAAGGGAGUUGAAUGCAAAUAAUACAAUGUAUUUUAUUAUUUAGUAUUUACUCCUUCAACAAUACCACGAGGUCUAAUAAAUCUGGAAAAAAGUAAAAUAUAUUUCCUUCAUGCUAAUUGUAACAGCGAAGCCGAAGCCCCUCUCUCUCUCUCUCUCUCUUCUCUCUCGCUCUAGAUUUCGACUCUGAAAACCCCACCGCACACAAAUACACACACAUACAUACACAGAUCAUCGAGGAGACGCCACCCCUUGAGGCUUUCCACCCACGUUCUCCUUUUUCCCCAAAUCAAAUCCAUCUUCUUCUUCUUCUUCUUCAGAUUUGCAGAUAUAACGGAGUUGUGAGGAGUGAACGUAACUUCCCGUCCGCCACGGUGGUACUCGCAUGCACCGCACAGGAUACGUGGGUACGAUUGUAAUUUUGUCGAAUUGGGCUGUGAAAUUGGACAAUACGAUGUCGCAUCAGGUCGUGAAAGUGAGGCGGGAGGCGGUGGCGCCAUGCAUGACAUGCCCUCUCUGCCACAAGCUCUUCCGCGACGCCACCACUAUUAUCGAAUGCCUCCACACAUUUUGUAGGAAAUGCAUACAUAAGAAGCUUUCAGACGAGGAAAUGGAAUGCUGUCCAAUAUGCAACAUUGAUUUGGGAUGUGUUCCUUUGGAAAAGUUGAGGCUGGAUCAUAAUUUGCAAGAUGUGCGGGCAAAAAUAUUCCCGUACAAGAGGAUAAAGAUGAGAGCACCCGAAGUUGCUCCUGUCACAUUACCUGCCAAGAGAAAGGAAAGAUCUCUCUCAUCAUUGGUAGUGAGCACUCCCAGAGUAUCAACGCAGAGCGGAAUGACUGGGAGAAGAUCCAAAUUUACUGCAAGAAAAGCAUCAAAGGGUUCCAGUUUUACAUUAGAGAAACCCGUUAAGAAAGAAGACAUGUACAUGGAAGAUCACCCUCAAAGAUCUAGUUCACCAGAAACGCUCAACAAAUUCCCUCAGACAGCAAGGCAGAAUUCUGUUGCUAACGAGCCAUCAAAUCACCCUAGUUCUGAAAAGGGAAAAGAUAAUGGCUGGGAAGCAAAAGUUGAUCUUUGGAAACCUUUAAAUUGUUUGGUGGAGGCAGCAAAUAGGAGCAAGUCUUCAAAGUUUAGUAACCAAGGAUCUCUUUCUAAAUCGGAAGCUGUAGAUUCUCAUGAGAAUGAGGGACUUGUUGCUAAAUCUAAGAAUAAAGAACACAAGCGGAAAUUGAAAGUUCAAGAUGAGAAGAACUCUAGUGACUGCAACCUUCCAGAUUCAGAAAGGCCUAAAAAAUUUCGCAGGGUUCGCCCAAAGAAGGCGCCGGAUGCUGGAGAAUUUAGGGUUCCCGCCCAGACUGUGCUCGAUUCUGCUAAUGCCAAAUUUGAACGUAGAAAUUAUCCAAUUUGGUUUUCUCUGGUCCCAGAUGAAAAGGAAGGAGAUGGACCAUCAUUGCCUCAGAUUGCUGCAAGUUACUUAAGAAUAAAGGACGGGAGUAUACCAGUUUCUUAUAUUCAAAAGUUCCUCAAGAUGAAGUUAGAUCUGACAAGUGAAAACGAGGUCGAAAUAAAAUGCAUGGGACAGAAAGUGAUUCCCACAUUGACACUGAAUAAUCUAGUUGAUAUGUGGCUCCAAACAACUAGCACCGAGAAAGUGUCGGCCACAAUUGGUUCAUCGGCAAAGGACUUUGUGAUGGUAUUGGGCUACGCACGCAGAGUUCCCGAUUCUUGAAAGCCCAUUUUUCCUCCAGGGGUGUAUUCUGAAGGGGCAUAUCCGUCUUCUUGGGGAGCUAGCCAGUAGUACUACUUUCAUUAUCUCCAUUGCUGGUGCCAAUACCAUUAUGCAUAUCAAUUGCAUCUUUCUGCCUCUUUGCCAGUAAAUCGACUCCUCCAUCACCGUGGAUAGAUAAUACUAAAAUUUCUUCAUUCCAUUGAUAUAGAUUAAAUCAUUUUCUUGUUACGACGAACAUUUCCUUAGCAAGUUGUUGUGUUAGAUAGUCUGUUGUGUUAUUUCAAGUACUUGUUUGUUUAUCUACUUGUAUGCACUCGUAUACCGCUUCGAAUUUUCGACUUGAUCUUUACUAAUAACUUUCUAGUGCAACUGCAGUGCAUAUAUAUAUU